AUUACUUAAUUUUAAACUGUCGAUAUUUUCACCGGACAAGACAACACGUGGGUUUGUUUAGUUUUAAUCAAAAUUUGUUAAAAAUGAGUGACUUUGAGUUUAAUUCGAGUGAAUCCGAAACGGAUAAUAGUGAUGUUGAUUUACAAGAAGCUUUGGCACAUGGUGUGUUAAAACCAGGUUUGAAUAAAAUCGAAUCAAAACGGCAAUUCCCAAACGAUACAAAAGGUUUGUUGCAAAAACAAAAGGAAAUGUCGUUAGAUCUACCAUGGCUUGAAACUUUAGAUUGUGUAAAUUUACCAGCACCUAUAGCACCUGAAAUGCAAGUACGUGUUACAGAACACGAAGAAAAACGUCAAAACCAAUUAAAAAACAAUCGAAAAUUGCCUCAAUAUGAUCCGAGCGAAGAUCCCAUUAUCAAUGAGUUUAAACGAGAAUUAAUAUUUCAAAGGCAAGCUCAAGGCGCUGUUUUACAAUGUUUUCCAAGAUUACACGCUUUUGGAAUUCCUACAAAAAGACCUGAAGAUUACUUUGCAGAAAUGGUUAAAACUGACGAACAUAUGCAAAAAAUUAGGGAACGAUUGCUUAAAGAACAAGCAGGUAAACAACAAAGUGAAAGAGUAAAACAAUUACGAAUGCAACGAAAGGAAGGUAAAGCAUUACAAACCCAAGCAAAAAUUGAACGACAAAAGGAAAAGAAAGACAUGUUAAAUCAGGUGAAAAAAGUAAGGAAAGGUUUAACGAAUGAUACAAGUUUUUUGGAGGGUGGCAAAAGGAAGGGUGCCUUGGAAAAGCGUAACAUGAAAAAUAAAAAGUUUGGUUUUGGAGGUAAAAAACGUGGCUUGAAAGAAAAUUCAAAGGAAAGUAGCGCAAAUAUGGAUGAUUAUUAUCGUGGUAAAAGUGGAAAAGGCAAAAAAACGGGGAAAGGGAAAGUAGUAAAUAAAAGGCCAGGGAAAAACCGUAGAAUGAGAAAUAAGGUUAAAGGAAAAAAAUAGCUUUUUUUAAGUAAUAAAAUUUAAUGUUACAUUUAA